UUCGUGUCUGUAUUCUGGAACGAAUUACGGUACAUAGAGUAAGCGAAAAAUACAAGUGUAAGAGAAAAUACGAAUAUUAAUAAACCUACCGACUGACGGUCGCGGAAUGGUUUCGUGGUCUAGUUGGUUAUGGCACCUGCUUAACACGCAGAACGUCCCUAGUCCGACCCUGAGCGAAAUCAUACCAUUCCUUUUGGACUCAAACCGUUUUUUACGUUGCAGCCAACAUUGCGACAGUUGUCUAGUGGAAGCUGCGCUGUAAACAG